AUGACGUUAGAGGGCCUCAAUCGCGCCAGCUUGACCAGCAUUGGCAGUGCUGACAGCCGGCCUGGCACUGCCUCGCUUUUGAGUUCCAAACAGCAACACCCCAAAAACCACAUAUUGCGCCUCUCCAUCACCAUGGCUAACCUCACCACUCAAACCAAGACCUUGUGCGUCGACGACAUUACCACCUUGGAUGAUGCCAAGGCGCAGCUCCGGCUGGCGCAGUCCCUCCUCGGCGAGCUCGAGUGCUCUUCCAAGCGCGCCCUGACCCACCAACUUCAACGCAUCGCUUCUCUGGAGAAAGAGGUCGAACAUUUGCGUCAUGAUCACGAUUCUGGUGAUUCGGCCUUUUCCACGCCAUCGCCUGGCACGCAUACACGCCAUAGCAGCCGCAAGGCGCUCUUUGCCUCACCCUUUGUUGAUGCCAGCGAUGUCUCGGACGUCGAAGUUGUCCGACCAGCCCUGCGCUUCAACCUAUCUCCGCUUCCCCGAUCCGCUUCCCAGUCUUCUGGGUCUCGUUUUUCCGAGAGCAGCGCCGUGCUUCUCUUGCAGGAUGAAGUCGAUGAUUUGCGUACGCAGCUGGCCAGCACCAAGAUUGAGGCGGCACAGCUUCACGAAUCGCUGAUCGAGCACAAGCAGCUUGUACAGCGACAAGACUCGCUUUUGCAAGAGUACGCCCAUCAGUUGCUGGCCAAGGCGCGGCAAGCGCCCGAGCCUAUCUUGGAGGACCCAUUUCCUGCAGCGUCGGCUGUAAUCGAGAAGGAUGACCCCACCAUGCAGGGGACCGACCCCAAUCCAACACCUGCCACUUUGCUCCAGCAGAGUUUGGAUAAGAGCAUGGACAAAUCAUUCAAUCUGCAAGCCGUAGCCCCCGAGUCGCUGCUGCGCAUCCGCGUCGACGUGGACCAUUGCUCGCUGGACACGUACCGCAGCAACCCCACCCUCGUGGUCCACCUGCAUCGAGUCACCGGCACACCAUUGCCCAAGGCCUGGGCUGGCUUCAAGUUUGACAACAAAGACACCGCCACAAUUCGAAUGGAGUUGCGUCACCUCGAACAAACGCGUCAGGCGCUUCGCGAGGCCUACCCGCGCUGUGCGGUGCCUCCGCUUUUGGCCCGCCGCACGGAUGGCGCCGUCAUUGAGGCACAGGCCGUGGUUUGCUUUGCUUGCCAGCGCUUCUUGACUUGCGUUACCGAGCAUCCAGUUUUGCGCACGCAUCCUUCCGUGGUGCAGCUUCUGACGGGACGUCGUCCUCCCCGUAACAGCACCGUUCAGGAUUGUGAUCUCGAGCAUCACGGUUUGGACGGCCUAAACACCAACUCGAGCCUGUUUACGCAGAGCACCGACUUUGGCGAGCUGCUGACCGACGUCCACUGCCUCUACGAGUCUCUGGCCAAGAGCGCUCACCAGUAUGGGUUGAGCCAGCACGCCAUGGCCCUCAAGCUGCUUCAGCUAGCCGACCAUCCCUGGCUGCAGUCGAACGCAGAUCUUUGCCGUACCCUGGCGCACCUGCACGCCAGUUCGGCCGAUAUCAUUGACGCCUGUACCAACCCUGGCUGUUUACACGAGGAGCUCCAACGUGUGUCCCGCCACCUGAUUUCCGAGCUUGGCAUGCUAGUUCGCAUCUACAUGCAGUCGUACGCGGACCAAGCGCAGCAGCUCGAGGCGUGUGGGCGCCUCGCACACACCGUGCUAGACUCGAUCGUGCCAUCAAGCUCUGAGCCUCUGACUACGUGGCAGGCUUUGAACGUGAGUUGUGAAUGUUAUAAUAUUAUGCGCAAAGCCCCUAUGGGGCUGCAUCGCAACGAGUGA